AACAAAAGCUGGAGGAUGGAGCGGGAGGGGAAGAGCGGGCGCUGCUGAAGGGACGCCAGAGCCACAACACACCGCCUUACAGCGCACUUCAGCGGGUGACGCUCAGCCAGAGAGUGCGGGGAGGCAGAAGCAGGCUGUUCCAGAGCGGAGGAGCGCGGCGGCGCUGAGUACAGCGGGUCACAGCACAGCAUUCAGCUCGGGUUUCAGAGCGGAGCUUCAGCUGGAGCGCUUAUUAGACCGAAUUUAUUAUAUAUAAUAUAUAUAUAUUCUGAUAUCAGAAGAUUUAAACAGUGACACCGGUCCAGAACUAGCCGAACAUUUCCCGCUCUUUUCCAAGUUUUAGUUCUUGUCUUUUGCUUCUUGUGAAAGAAGCGAAUUCGACUCGAAUCGACCGAGAGGAGGAUGGACGAGCAGCCGCGCUUGAUGCACUCUCACGCGGGCGUGGGGAUGGCGGGGCACCCCGGCCUGCCCCAGCACAUGCAGGAGGGAACCGGGGGAACCGACGGAGACGGGAGAAAACAGGACAUUGGAGACAUUUUACAGCAAAUUAUGACCAUUACAGACCAAAGUCUGGACGAAGCACAGGCCAGGAAGCACGCGCUGAACUGCCACCGGAUGAAGCCGGCGCUUUUUAACGUUUUGUGUGAAAUAAAGGAAAAAACAGUGCUGAGUAUUCGUGGAGCUCAGGAGGAGGAGCCUCCAGAUGCGCAGCUGAUGCGAUUGGACAACAUGCUGCUGGCGGAGGGAGUCUCCGGACCGGAGAAAGGCGGUGGGUCGGCGGCGGCGGCGGCAGCAGCUGCAGCGUCGGGCGGAGCCGGGGCCGAUAACUCCGCUGAGCACUCCGACUACAGAGCUAAACUCUCUCAGAUCCGCCAGAUCUACCACACGGAGCUGGAGAAAUACGAGCAGGCCUGUAACGAGUUCACUACUCACGUGAUGAACCUGUUACGAGAGCAGUCGCGCACGCGGCCCAUUUCGCCCAAAGAGAUCGAGCGCAUGGUCAGCAUCAUCCACCGCAAGUUCAGCUCCAUCCAGAUGCAGCUGAAACAGAGCACCUGCGAGGCCGUCAUGAUCCUCCGCUCGCGCUUCCUCGACGCCAGGAGGAAAAGACGGAACUUCAACAAGCAAGCCACAGAGAUCCUGAACGAGUAUUUUUAUUCCCACCUCAGUAACCCGUACCCCAGUGAGGAAGCCAAGGAGGAGCUGGCCAAGAAAUGCUCCAUCACUGUCUCCCAGCAGGUGUCCAACUGGUUCGGAAACAAACGGAUCCGAUAUAAGAAGAACAUCGGAAAGUUCCAGGAAGAAGCCAACAUGUACGCUGCCAGAACCGCCGUCACCGCCGCCAACGUCUCGGCCCACGGCAGCCAGGCCAACUCUCCCUCCACACCCAAUUCAGCAGGUUCUGCUGGCUCUUUUAACAUGUCCAAUUCUGGAGAUUUGUUUAUGAGUGUGCAGUCUAUGAACGGGGAUUCGUACCAGGGGGCUCAGGUGGGAGCCAACGUUCAGUCACAGGUGGAUACCCUUCGCCAUGUUAUCAGCCAGACAGGAGGAUACAGUGAUGGCCUCACAGCCAGCCAGAUGUACAGUCCGCAGGGCAUCAAUGCCAACGGUGGCUGGCAGGAUGCUACUACCCCUUCCUCAGUGACCUCACCCACAGAAGGACCCGGGAGCGUCCACUCUGACACCUCCAACUGAUCCCUCCAUCAUCACACUCGUUCUCUCACUACUACUGCACAAGAUGGACUCUUCUUCUUCUUUUCUCCUGCUUUUCUCCUACUCAUCCGUCUCUCCAUUCAGAAACGGUGCACUCACUAACCAGGGUCUCCCACACACACACACACAUAUAUAGACAGGCAGUGUAUACAGUGGAAUUUCUACAUGAAUAAAAUAUGACAUCAGAGUGACAUCAGAGCGAUUGUGAUGAUGUAAUAUAUUUUAAUCAUGUAAAAAAAAUGAUGCAACCAUCUGAAUAAAGCAAGCAAAAUUCAGAGCAUCACUUAUACUUAGACUUAUAGACAGCCAAUGUUCAGAUUCACACACACACACACACACUUUUGGAUCUACUUUGUCUACUUUGUUUUCUGUCAUAUACUACAUCCUGGGUGUAAAUGACCGUAAAAAAACACCAAUAUCAGAACAUUAACAUUAGUCCACAUCCUGGAUUAAUAUGUAUGUACAGUAUGUACACUACCUCUUAAAACCUCUUAACAAAACAACGUACGACAAAACAAGAACAGAACAAGAAUAAACCUGUAAAAAUAUAUAAAACAUACUGCCAUGUUGCACCAUUUCCCAUAGAUGAGAUGACCCUUUCACGUCUCCAUCAUGGCGAUAAACCACGACCCUUUAGUCUCCGAGACGUUUCUGUUUCCGUGUCCAUAGUGCCAAAGUAUUUUUCUACAUUUGAACAGCCUUUUGAUUUACAUGUUGAUUUUACAUGACUUACACGUUUUUCAUACUCUUCGUGUUGUAAUAUAGAUACAUACUGUAUUAUAAAGACAUAUUUUAUAUCUCCCUCUCUUAGUCAUGCAUUGGGGUACUUGAAAAAUGGUUUAAAUGAGUUUUAAAUGAUUAGGCUUUGCUUGAAUCCUCGAAAAACAAAAAAAAAUUCAAUUCUCCUUUAUUGUGAUUCUUUGCAGCAAACCUGUGUUGUUCUUUCCCUUUAUAAGUUUCAUGAGUUUCACGAGUUCCACCAGUGGCACUGCAGUGUAGGUCAAAAUAUCAAGAAUCAAAAAGAUUAAUAUUUCAUUACAUACAGUUCAAAUAGAUAAGACGACUCAUCCACACUCAUCCAACUGAUACCGACAGCAUCAUCCUCAUCCAUCAAUCUCACUGAGUAGCCAAAAUCUGCUUCUAACCAAAAUCACUUAUAUAUAAAUAUAUAUAUAUAUAUAUAAUAAGUGCAAACAUCUAAUCUAAAACAUGCAUUCUGAAAUGAAAUUCCUCCUCAGUUCGUCCUCAGCUGUCCAAUAAAUAAAUGUGAGCGUGUGCACACCCUGCACAUAUUUCCAAAGUUAUGAUUGGUGCUAUGACGCUUUACACACUAAAAAAGAAAUCAGGGGAAAGGCUUUUACACAUCAAACGCCUCGAAUGAGAGUUAACGAGGCAAAAAAGUGAAAUAUAUUCGCACCAGCUAUUCACACCCAGCUCAACGUGAUCUUUCUGGAUUUUUACCAAAAAAAAAGUUGUUUGAGCGAUAAAUCAGGCAGAAUGUGUUUUAAAAAAGAAAUGAACUGUAAAAAAAAAUAUUUCACGUUGCUGUGAAUCUGUGUGCAGAAAUAAUCCUAAUCUCUACAAUGAAACUAAUUGAAACUAAUUAAUCUCCAUUCUCCCUUUAACACAAAUCUGCAUGGUGUGUUUAUUUAAGUCUGUUUACAUCUGGCAUUAACAUGCAUUUUUAGUGAUUAGCUCCUGUUUGGAUCGCACAUGAUAUACCCUGCACAAGGCAUGUUGUAAUGCUCUUUGCUAUCUUACACCUCGUCAACAGUCUAUUCAAUAAAUGGCGUCUGAUUUUAGGAAUAAAUCUACAGGCGUGGUGGUCUGGAAGUGAGGUGUGUUCAGGUAAAUUUCGGGCGUGAAACACAGGUGCGCCAUUGACUGAUUAAAACCCUGGCAACAGUCAACAUGCUUAGAUAUUGGACACGCUACAGAGCUCAAACCUGACUUUUAACUCAACAAUAACAGGCUUAAUAGAGAGCUGUCUAACUAAUAACUGAUUGAUUAAAAUGACUUAAGAUCAGAUCAUGUAAAACAAGUUUACAGAUUUAGCUUUAGUAUAGUUUCUACACACAGAUUUGAUGCAUAUUACUCAAUUUCUUAUUAAAGGUUGUGUUUGACAGAAGUCACAGCUGGCUGUUACCAUGCCAACAGCAGAAAGUGACAGAGCUGUGAUUGGUGGAGAGAGUUUAUGUCAGGGACAAAAAUUAGACGCAAAAUUAGUGCAAUGGUCGAAUAAUGUUUUUGCGUUUCUGCCUUCUGACAAAUCCCUCAAAAAUGUGAAAGAAUUAACUAAAAUAUUACAGUACAGUAAUAAUAUAUGUAUUUUAAAUACAUUUCUUUUUCAUGGAAAACAGUUGCGUUCGGUGUGUAAGAGCCUCGACUCUGGAUCAUGUCUUGAGAGCUGUGAAACAGGAGGCAGGCAGUGCUGGACGGUUCAUGAGAGCUUCAAAUAAUUGAAAAUUAAUUCAUGGUGUUUUAAAUGUUCACAGUAUGAAUUUAAGACAUUGAAUUUUCACUCCUCGCACAUUCAUGCACAGAUUUCUUUUUUUUUCUUUUCUUUUUUUCAACUUUUUUUGUUUUUGUCAAUCAAAUGAAGUAAAGCAACUUACUAUGUUGUUUUUUUUAAAUAUUUUUUUUUUAUUUUUAUUAAUGACAUACAACUAUUAAGCAUUAAAAUCAGCCCUUUCAUUACUUUGAUACCAAAAACAGCAGACACCUCCGUUCCGUCCCGUCCUGUUCUGUUCUGUUUUAUUCCGUUUCUCUUCAUGUCCACGCUGUAAAUGAUGUAAUAUCUUGUGUAUCUGGGCUCGUUCCUCAGAGAUCGCCGGAUACGUCGUACUCAAAACCAAAAAUGCAGUCAGAAUUCAGUAUUCAGUGUUCGUUGAAAGAAAAGAAAAGUAAAGAAAAGAAAAGAAGGCACACACAAAUGCAGAAGAAAAAAACAUUGGAUAUAUUUUUACGUCUUCAUGUUGUGAAUAACCUGAAUCUGCGUUUCUCUCUCCAUCUUCUGCUUGGUUACGGAACAAGUUCAGUUUUAUUUUAUUUUAUUUUAUUUUAUAUAUUUUUUUAUUUCCUCGCUAUCAUAAUGUGAAUUAAUAGCCCAAGAAUGCGCUAUAUACGAUACGUAGAUGUGCACUUUUUUUUUUCUUCUUGUUUCGCUGCUUUUUGAAAGGCAGACUCCAUCUUGAAGUAAUGAUAGUCAUGAUAACGGCUUGUGCGUCUCAUCCUCGCCACAUUCAGCCGUUUUCAGAGGUGUUAAAACACAGACUUAUGAAGAAAAGAAAAGUGAUGAAGCCAGAUGUUGGCAGCUGGAGCAGCACGUGUGGACGAUGCCGACAGGAAUUUCCUUUAAUAAAGUCCCUAAAUGACCUUAUUCCCGCUAAUCCAGUGCACUGAUCGCGCCUAGUGAACUGGUGUAUUCACUUUAUAGGGUUUUACACUGUAAACGCCCACCACACAGGAAGUGCUGGUGUUUGAUCACGGUCCAGAUUCUUCUGUCCUAAAUUAGAGGAAACCCAGCUGUGAUCCUCAGAUUAUGAUUUAGUGCUCUAACAUUGCUGCUGUCUGAUUAAAACAUUUUAUCUGUAAAAAUAAAAAUAAAAACUUGAUUAUUUUUUACAAGUUAAUGUAAAAUAUUUUAUUCUUCUGACUCUGAUUCAAUUGGUCCAUUUGUGAAAGUUUCACAUGUACUCAGUAAUCUGAUCAUAAUCCAAAUUCCUCAAGUAUCGAAGAAUUGUAUUUAAAGUUGUCACAUAAAAGUCAUAAAAGUCAUUUUUCCUAAAUUAGUUUAAAACCAAGAAAUCUGAUUUCUUAAUAUAAAAAACAAAGGCUUAAAAAACGCUUUUGUCAGGUUUUUGGUUAUUCAAGUUGUCAACUAAAAGCCAUUUUUUCAUUAGAUCAGAUUAAGGCCUAGAAAUCGGAUUUCUUAAUAAUAGAAAGCUAAAAAAACAAACAAAAAAAACUACAUUGUAACUCUUUAAUCAGAUUCAGUUUUUUACACCAAUUAAGUGUGUUUAAAUGUGCUCAAUAAUCUGAUUGUAAUCGAUUUCUUCAGAUAUCUGAUUAUAUUAUAGGUAAAUUAUCAUGUAAAUGCCAUUUUUUAUUAGAUUAAGACCUAAAAAAAAUCUGAUUUCUUACUAAUAGAUACAUAAAAGAGCUAAUAGCUACAAUCUAAAAGUGUAAUCUAAAUCUGUAAUCAGAUUCAGUUGGCCUAUUUGUGCAGGUUAGUAAAUUAGAUAUUUUUAUUAGAUCAGAUUAAGAAGCCUAGAAAUCUGAUUUCUUUAUCAUUUUAGCUGAAUAAUCAAAUUUCUUACCACUAUAAUGUGUAAUUACAGAAAUGUGUAAUCAGAUUUCUUACUAUGCUGAUUACUUUCAGAGUUGCAUUUACUGUAAACUAUAAUAACUCAUAAUAUAUUCAGAUGUGUCUGUUUACAAAAAAACAGUCCUUGACCAUGUUUACAAAAAGAUGUGUUAGAAAAUUAGAUUAGAUUAUGGUGGGAUUAUUGGGAAUAAUUAGGUGGUUUCACAGUAGAAAUCAAAUUAUUGACUGACUAAGGAGUUUUCCCUCAAUCUGAUUAAUCAAGUGCAUGUGAACACCUUUACUGGAUCUGGUUUUCAAAAAAAAAAUCUAAAUUUUAUCUGCAGUUAUCAGAUUAUUGAGUGCCUGUAAAAAAUCUCUCGAUGUAAAAAUCAGGGGAUAUGUUUUAAUCUGGCAGCAUCAAUAUUCUAAUAAACUCAUUUCUGUUCUAAUACUGUUGUUUAAUUGAACUGAUUCAGGCUCAGUUAAGCAUAAAAAUCUAUAAAUCAGGACUUUAAAGUAGAUCAUUUUUACUCAUUAUUCCAAUAUUGGCCUUUGAAACAGUGAUAUCACAAAAAAAUGUUUUCAAUAUAAAGAUGAGUAUUCUGAUCAGAAACACUUCCAGUUGAGUUUGAUCUUUGAUCUAAAUGACUAAAAUCUGAAAAAAUCAUAUCUGAUCACUGAUUUACUGAUUCACUGAUCUGAGUGUAUUUUAAUACACUGUAAGACACGUGAAACGAGCAAUAUAAUUGCAAUAUAGUGCAGCCGUUCACUCUGGCUCCAGCGGUCCGGACCCUCACUCAGACCCCCUGACCUAAAGUGACCCCGCCGUGACCCCGCCAGCUUCAGUAGAGGGAGGAAUCUGCUCUGUUCAUCUGUUUCUUUUAUUAUUAUUUUUAUUAUUAUUAUUAUUAUUUUUGUUUGCUGAAUCAGACCCUCUCUCAUCGCCUGUCCAGUUUCACCGUAUUGUUGUUGAAAGCUUCAUGUAAUGAUGCUUUUAGGUUUUGCAUAUAAAGCAAUUUGUAAAACAUCAAAUGUUUACUUUGUUGCAUGUCUUUCGUUCUUUAAAAAAAUCCUGCAGUGUUUCUGAAUGUUUCUUCUUUUUUAUAUAUAAAAAGUGCAGAGACUUUCUCUCGCCGAGUUUUAACUUUUAAGAUCUCUGCAUAUGUACAAAAGGAAUACAAUGGAAAAGCAGAUUAUUGUCUUUUUGAUUCCAACUUGUUUUGUGGAGAAAAAAAAAAAAUAACAAGGUGUAGGUUUUCUGGUCUCUUAAUUUGUACUGGUAAUGCAUAUUCCGAAUAAAUAGUUUCUUUUGUUGCAAGA